AUGCCUCCUAAGGGGAAGUCCAAGGCUCUGCCGGAAGCCUCGUCGCUGGAAGCUCCCUCCUCGUCACUGGACGCGCCGUCUUUGUCACCUGCUCCUGCUCCGUCUGAUCCUGCUAGCAAGUGCAAGGGCAAGGCUCUGGAGGAGUCAGUCAACGUGCCUCUCGCUGAAGCGUCUGCACGUGGCUCUGGUCUCUCCUUGGAGGAGAAGCUGCGUUCUCUUCGUACGUCAACCCAUGACAGCGGCUUCAUCGAAGAUGAAUCUGACGAAGAGCUCGAGGUCGAAGUCAGGACGGAAGCGUUCAACCGCAUACGCUACACGACGAUUCUGCUGUUACCCGUGGCUCUCGCUUUGGAGGUGGCCUCUGUCAUCACCACGGUGUGGACACUGAUGAGGCGCGUCUGGUCGUCUACGCUCUCCGACGGUGCUAUUGACUUGGCAAAGUUCCAAGAGCUUCUACCGGCGUACGUGGCGAAGACCCGCUACAGGCGUCUGCAAGUCUCCCUCCUGCGAGAAGAGGACAUUAUGAGCAUCAGGUCCAAGGAGGUGGACUACGCGCGUCCUAACGGCACGGUCUUCCGGCUCUACUGGCAGCACACUGACGAUCCUGCUUUCGUGCGAGAGCGUGCGAGGAACGCUCAGGCGAUUGAAGUGGUGAUCAGGGACUUGUGCCAUGUAGCCGAAUCUCUUCUGGCCUCACCUCUGAUAACCCCCAUCCUGCUAGACCCGGCCAUGGUGCUGAUCUCCACUGGAGGGAAUCGGGAGGAGUGGCUCUGCACGAAAGUGGGCUGUGGGAAGGCGAAAGGGAGAAGCUUCAUGACCACGGCAGAUCAUGUCACAUCCGCCAACCACCUCAUCCAUCUGGAGAAGCUCGGCUCUGCCACUCGUGCCUCUCUCGAGAAAGCAAGUCUCAAUGUCACGAAGAAGGAGUAUGGGAUUUGA